ACGUCCCUCCCUCCCUCCCUCUCUCUCUCUCUCUGUGGUUUUCGCUUGCGUGCCGAUGAACACCGCGCCAUUCGUCCCUCGCAGUCCCUAGCUGAUUCCUUGCGGGCCGCGCCGGGAGGAUGAGCCACUGCGUCCCCGACUUCGACAUGGACGACGACUACUCCCUCCCUUCCUUCCCCCGCCCCCGCAGGCCCCACUUGGCCGGCGAUGAGAUCGCGGAGCUGCUGUGGCAGAACGGCCCCGUGGUUAUGCAGAGCCAGCGAUCGGUCAAGAAAUCGGAGCCCUCCGGCUGCGACGGUUACCAGCUGAGCGCGAUCCAGAGCCAGACUCAGCAUCACCAUCAGCAGCAGCAGCAGCAGCAGCAGCAGCAGCAGCCGCAGCCGCAGCCGCAGCCGCAGCAGCAGCAGCAGCGGGAGCAGGAGCAGCAGCAGCACCUCUUCAUGCAGGAAGACGAGAUGGCCUCCUGGCUCCACUAUCCUCUCAACGACGCCUCCUUCGUCGCCGAUUUCUGCUCCGAUCUUCUCUACCCUCCUCCUUGCGCCAACGUCAACGUCGCCGCGACCGCCGCUCGCGCUUCUCCCGUUGUCGCGGAGCUCCGGCAGCAACCGCCGCCCAAGCCGCCGACGCCGAUGGCUCCUCCGAGGAGAUUCGAGAACUUCGGCCACUUCUCGAGGCUGAAUCGGCCUAGAGUCGACGAAUCCGGGCCGUCCAAUUCGUCCCGCGCGGGGAACGAAUCGACCGUGGUGGAUUCCAGCGGGACGCCCGCGGUGGGGCCCCGCUCUAGGGUUUCCGAGGCAUUGCAUUGCGACGUCUCGCGCGGGACCGUCGACGGUGGAGCGGCGGCCUUGGCCACGUCGUCGGCCGAUGGCGGCGGUCGCGAGAUGGGGACGUGCGAGUUGACGGUGACUUCAUCGCCGGGCGCCUCCAGCGCCUGCGCUGAGCCUCUGCCGCCUCGGAAGUCGUCGUCGACGCCACCGCCGCCGGCGGAGGACAGGAAGCGGAAGGGGAUCGAGAUCGACGCCGACCCCGACGCCGACCCCGACGCUGACGAGUGCCACAGCGAGGAUGUUGAGCUUGAAUCUGCCGAUACAAAGAAACCAGCACGUGGCUCCACAUCUUCUAAGAGGUCUCGAGCUGCAGAGGUCCACAAUCUGUCAGAGAGGAGACGGCGGGAUAGGAUAAAUGAAAAAAUGAAGGCUCUACAAGAAUUAAUUCCGCAUUGUAACAAGUCUGAUAAGGCUUCGAUGCUGGACGAGGCAAUUGAGUACUUGAAGUCGCUUCAAAUGCAAGUGCAGAUGAUGUCCAUGGGAUGUGGUGUCGUACCAAUGAUGUUUCCAGGUGUUCAUCAGUACGUGCCCCACAUGGGGAUGGGUAUUGGCAUGGCCAUGGGUAUGGAUAUGGGAAUGAAUCGCCCUAUUUUGCCUUUUCCAAACAUUUUAUCUGGUUCAGCACUGCCGACGCCAGCAGCUGGAGCUCAUCUGGGUCCAAGAUUUCCUAUGCCAACCUUUCAUAUGCCUCAUGUUCGUGCACCUGAUCCAUCCAGAAUUUCCCCAACCAUCCAGUCUAAUCCUUUGUUAAGCUCUCUUGCUUUACAAAGUCAAAAUCAGGCGAGGGUCCCAAACUUUAUUGAUCCUUACCAACAGUACUUUGGCCUCCGCCAUAUGCAGUUGCCACUGCAGCAGAAUCAGACUCCCUCUGGUAGCAGCAAGCCAAGCACCAGCAAAGUAGGGGAGAAUCUUGAAAAACCACCAUCAGGCUGAGCUUUUGCAGAAAUAUCCGGAAGGGCUCUUGCCAUCCAACUUUUGUAGGGUACAGAAGUAGAAUAGAAUACUAACAUCAGAGAAGCAAGCUUUUCCCCCUCGGCUGGAAAUUUUCCCUUGACACGGCUAAAAUGUAAUUAUCACUCAACAGUAGAAUCAAAUUGGUUGCUUUUUUUUUUCCCCAACUUUAUUCAUAUGCUACCUUGUCAUGGUAAGUUUUGAAGUACUUGAAGCCUGAAAAAUUUCAACCCCAGAUCCUCUGCGAGCUCACAGUCAGCCGUGUAUCAUUGGCGUAGCCUCGGGAGCAGGUGGGAUGGACGCCGCCAAUUAGUAAAUGCAUCAAUCAUUGCAGACCUGGAAGAGAAAAAGGUAAUGCGGGGAGGUGAAAGUUGCCCUUCCCACCUAUUCCUCGGGACCUCGCUAUAAUUUGAUCUUUUCAUUGGAACGAUCUAAGUGGAGCUUCUUUUGUUGUGGCGACAAAUUAUAAUGAGCCUCAUAUGCAAGGUCUGAGCCAAGAAAUAUAAUGAGCCUCAUAUGCAAAGUCUGGGCCAAGAAUCAGCAGAAUCAUGCUCUGAUGCUGCUGGAGGACGGCAAGAGAUUUAUUUCUUUAUAUAGUCAACAUAUUACCAGCGACAGUGGCCACUCGUCCAGAUAAGAAAGCCAGAAAGCAUGACCCAUGUAGAAUGUAAAGUGAGUAUUCUUUUCGCAUAAUUUCAUGUCCGCAUGUAUAGUCGGUCACCAUAUGCCCCUUCUCCCUCUGCUUUAGUCCCCAAUCCAAGAUGCCGUGGAAUAUUGCGGAGCACCAUAGAAGCCGAAAUAAUUUAUGCGAUGCUGAUUCUUUUCUUGUAUUUCAAAUCAUAAGGAGGAAAAAUUGUGCCGCGGGCCUUUUUGUUUGUGUAUUUCUUAUCCAAUUCCCUGGCUUAAAUUGAUGCGAGUGGAGUAUAUAUACAGUAUCCAGAUAAGGUGAUAACGAUUUGCAUGUUCUC